UGGAGCAGCGGCUCAGAGCGGAGGGAGACCCGCCACCUCGGAGGUGAGAGGGGGGCGGGCGGCCCUGGGGGCUGGGCUGGACGGGGGUGAGAAAGUUGACGUCCUCACCAACUCAGAGACACCACGUCCAGGAGGCCCACUGCCGUCCUCUUUGCGCUGGGACUGGUGCCAGCACAGGGGUGAAGGAUGCUGCUCUGGGUGUUCUUCCUCGUGACCCUCACCCUCAGCAGCGGCUCCCAUGGCUCCCCACCCUCCCAGGCCCUCAGGAUGCCACGGUACGCAGACGCCAUCUUCACCAACAGCUACCGGAAGGUGCUGGGCCAGCUGUCUGCCCGCAAGCUACUCCACGACAUCAUGAGCAGGCAGCAGGGAGAGAAAAACCAGGAUCAAGGAGCAAAGGUACGGCCUGGCCGUCAGGUGGAUGGCAUGUGGGCAGACCAAAAGCAGAUGGCCUUGGAGAGCAUCCUGGUGACCCUGCUGCAGGAGCACAGGAAUUCCCAAGGAUGAAGAUUCUGCCUAUAUUUUCUGCUCCCUGCAGCUGAGACACAUGCAUCCAGUUAAUCCUAUUUAAUUUCUGACCGACUUUUUCCUUUAUAAAUACAAUAAAAUUCCCUCAUACUGAUCUGCA